AUGACGGCGGAUGCCGCCGCGGCCGCGGAGGAGGCCGCGGCGCCGGCGGCGCCGGCGCCCACCGUGCUGGGCGCGCCGGGGCCGAGCGGCGGGAAGGUCGGCCUCAUGGCGAGGGUCAAGGCGUCGGGGCGCGAGGGCGUUGUCGUCGAGCACGACCUGCAGGACGAGCAGAUGGCGUACAAGGUCACCUUCGCCGACGGUGCCCACCCGCUGGCCGACUGGUUCGCUCGGGACGCGGUGGACAUCGGGGGCGCUGCCCAGGCCGCCGCCCCGGCCCAGGGCGAAGCCGCGGCCGACAGCCGCCAUCGCCGAGGUCUCUCGUCCCAGGCCGCUGCCGAGGACCCCGCGGGGCUCGACAACGGACCCCGUGGCAGCCCGCCCGGGCCCGUCCAGUCGGCGCCGCCGCGGCCGCAGCUGCGGGUUGCGGUCUCCUGGAGACCCUCGGCGGGCCCCAAGACCAUCGACAAGCGAUUCAGGAUGAGCAACCGGCCGCAGCACGCGCGCGCCUCGCGCCGCGCGCGCCGCCCGACGCCUGGCGCCAUGGAGCCCGCCGCGGCGCCCGCAGAGCAGGACUGCCAGGACGACCCGAUUGGCGCCCCGAUGAGCUCCACGAGCGCCGGCCACCUGGAGAGGGAGGCGGCCGCCAUGGCCAAUUGCGUGACCGUCGCCAAGGGCAGCCGCUACUUCGACGGCCUGAAGUGCCGCGUGAAGCGCUCCGGCCUGCUGAGCGACGAGGGCUACAGCUUCAUUCUCAACGAGGCCGUGUCCUACGCGGCAGUCCAUUCCAGUACGUCCCGUGCCGAGGCCCACAUGGACAAACUGGACAGCCGCAAGGGCCACGACCCCGACGUGGCGGCGUUCAACGCCCUGCUGGAGGGCAUCGGGCGCAAGGGCGACCUCGGGCGGGCGGAGCAGUGGUUCGCGAGGCUCCAGGAGCCGGCCCUGCACCCCGAGCUGGGUGGCCUGGCGCCGAACAAGGGCACGUACGACGUCAUGGUGCAGGCCGCGGCCGAGGCUGGGGACGUGAGGCGUGCGGAGAAGUUCCUCGGCGCCAUGUGCAAGGCGUGGAAGCCGGCGAGGGCGACCUACUUCAAGGUCAUAGAGGCGUUGGUGCGUGCCGGCGAGAUCAAGCGUGCCCACCACAUGCUGGAG